AUGCGUUCAAAGUGGAUGGGCAGCAGAGCGGAAAGGUCUGCUUUCACGUUCAGUGUCGAGCUUUCGCUUCAACGUACGUUCAUGGCCCGAACCACCUUCCCAACUUUCAGUCCACGAUCGCACGUUCUUCCGGGCCAAUACUCGACCUCAGCGGAAGUCUUUAGUGGCGCAGAAGAAAGGGUUCCUGGGGGUUGA